CGAAUUCGAACGAUGCAAGGCUCGUUGACCGCGUCGUACUACGAGGUGCUGCAGCUCGACCGCAAGGCCACACAAGCGGACGUGACCAAGGCGUACCGAACGCUCGCGCUCAAGUACCACCCGGACAAGCAAAAGACGCCGGAAGAGGCCGAGACCGCGACCAAGGCCUUCCAAGAGAUCGUCAAAGCGUACAAGGUGCUCUCGGACGCGGAGACGCGCGAAGGCUACGAUAUCCAUGGCCCGAAGCUCAAGCCAACGUAUGACUUGGCCAUCCACUCGGCGCUCGGGAAGCUCAUGCCACUCUUCAUCUCGACGGCGAUCGGCCUCCUGGGUGGCGCUGCGCUCGCGCAAGCCGUCGAUGUUGGCCUUGUCAUGAUCUUUGAACUCUUCUUCACGCUAGCCGCGGGCGCGGGCACGGUUCUCUCGACCGAACACUCGUCCAAUCCCAUGAGCAUCUCGGACUUUGGCGUGCUUGGCGGCAUGGGGCUUGGCGCGGGCAACUUGCUCGGGUACCUCGGGACGCUAUGGACACUCUUUGUAGCCCGAGCGCUCGGCCUCUGGUGAAGCGUCGGCUUUGAUAGCCACGUCAUGCAAUACUUCGUAGCACCAUUCUUCAUUCAUGUAUUCC